AUGUCAGCAACAGUGUUUACUGAUGCGGCAUAUCAGCUGAGUGAUGAGUGGGCCGAUACCCAGAUGCCCGUGGACGGCGCAGAGGGCUGCCUUCGAGCCUUUGCCCAAUUGAAGCAACAGUACUCUAAAAUGAGAGUCAUUCUCUCUGUUGGCGGUGGCGGAAAGGGCAGCGAGAACUUUGCUGCUGUAGCCCACAGUCGCUCUCGUCUGGAUACUUUCGUUCGGACCGCGCGCCAACUGGUGGAUGAAUUUGGCAUUGAUGGGAUCGACGUUGACUGGGAGCACCCGUCGGAUUCCAAGCAGGGCAAGGACUACGUUCGUCUCCUAGCCCGUUUGCGGGAGGUGCUACCUGCACCACGAUACGUCCUGACUACCGCCCUUCCUGCUGGCCAGUGGGCGCUGAAGAACAUUGAUCUCGCCGCCGCGCAAGAGUAUCUGGACAUGAUUAACCUGAUGACGUACGAUUUCGCUGGGCCAUGGGAAUCUGAGACUGGCCAUCAAGCGCAGCUCUAUGGCUCAGGGGUAUCCGGUGAUUCUGCGGUUUCUUACGUGACUGGACAAGGAGUUGCUCCGCGAAAAGUUAUACUUGGUGUCCCAGUCUAUGGUCGAUCGUUCCUGGGGAGCAAUGGCCCUGGUCAGCGGUACACUGGGCACGGCGGCGAGGACGGUGUCUUUGACUAUCGUGAUCUGCCCCGACCGGGGACACAAGAGUACCACGACAGGAACAUUGGCGCUGCGUUCUGCGUUGGGGCCGAUGGCGGGUUUGUCACAUAUGACACCCCAGAAACUGUGAAACAAAAGGCUGAAUUCGUGACAUCGGCCAAACUCGGUGGUUUGUUCUACUGGCAUGUUUGUUCAGAUGCCCGAGGACCACGGAGCCUGGUGGAAACAGGAUAUAAUACGCUGCAUGAUAUGUAA